AUGGAUAGUCCAGGACUGAUUGGAGCCUGCAUCGUGUAUUAUAGACGCUACAGAAGUGACGUAUGCGACACUGCCCAUGUUCAAUACCCGAAACAAUAUACUUCAGACGCGUCACGAAGCAUAUCAUAUGGGCGAAGUCCAAAGGUUCAAACGGAACUUCAAAUACAAUUAUUGGCUGAACAGGCUGUUUGCAGCACGUUUGGUGGGAGGCCUAAAUCUCGCAUUCACCAGAUUCUAUACUUGCUCACCAACCACGCGUUUUGUCUUAUUUUGAAAUGA